AGAGAGAGAAAGAAAGACAGACGCGCGCAUAAGAGAAAGACAGGAAAGAGAAAGAGGGAGUGAGUCAGAAGGUAUACUGGUAUAGUGUCGCGAUGUGGGACAGUUGCGAUGAGAGCGAGUGCAGGGAGUUGAAUUCUACGAAGACGACGGCUGAUCGCGCGAGGUCCGACAUGUUCGAGCCCACGGAGCAGGGAAAGGAUCUCUGCAUCCAUACGGGCGUUGUACUUCGUGGAGCAAAUGCCAGAGAAGACGAGGUCCAUAGUUCAGGAACGCUGAAUAUUGUGGAAUAUAGUUUCGGCAAAUGCAUAGAAUGGAAGCCUGUAGAAGACUCGGUAGUAUCAGAGUGUCAAGAUCAAGAUCCAGAAUGGUCCUUAGUGGAUACACAUACGAGAAGGACUCGCACAAACUCGGAGGGUCCGGACUCCCUUGGACGUACGAGAACCGUUAAAAUAUUGUUUUCCGAUUUAAAGUCGUUUCGCGUGAAUCAUGGUGGACAGCAGCUCAUAUUUAUGCAGAGAGAUGGUACCACCUAUGUUGCCUUCUUUCAGUUAGCUAACGCUGAAAGUUUUAUUAAUUCGCUGAAAGGAUUUAUUAAAUUUGUAAAAUCACGCUCGGACAAGAAUUUGUAUUUGGUGCUGGACGAAGUUGAGACUGUAUUAAAAAAAUCUUUUGCCGAAUUGGAUUUGUUUCAAGAGAACACUUCUGAUUAUGUAUGGAAAUUUGUGAAAAAUUUACAUAAUCGUCCUUAUGAAACUACAAUGGAAGCAUUCAGCAAACUAGCAGAUAUCUGGUUGUAUAAAGAGCCAGUGAAACGACCUGUUGAAGAAGCAGUUGCCGACUUGUUAAAUCAGUCUCUUACGAUCGAACCUCAUCCACGUGUAUCUGUAUCUAUAGGAUCUGGAGAAGAAUACGAAGUGAUUGGAGUCGGAGUAGACCUACCUCCACGUCCACCAUGUCCACGAGGAGCGCCGUUAACACAAGAACAGUGGGAAAAAUGUAAAGAUAGAGAAGGAAGAAUCACUGAUCCCGAAGCUAUCAAAGAAAUUAUCUUUCGAGGGGGUAUUUGUCCAUCACUGCGUUUUGAAGUAUGGAAAUUUUUAUUGAAUUACUAUCCAUGGAAGUCGACACAUAACGAAAGAUUAGAACUUAAGAGAAAAAAGACUGACGAAUAUUUCACAAUGAAAUUACAAUGGCGUACAUUUACAACCGCGCAAGAAAGUCGAUUUUCUGAUUAUAGGGAGCGAAAAAGUUUGAUAGAAAAGGAUGUUAAUAGAACAGAUAGAACACAUCCAUAUUAUGCGGGGGAUAAUAACCCACACUUGGAACAAUUAUACGACAUACUCAUGACGUAUAUAAUGUACAAUUUCGAUUUAGGAUACGUUCAGGGUAUGAGCGAUCUUCUUAGUCCUAUCUUAUUUUUAAUGGAUAAUGAGGUGGAUGCGUUUUGGUGUUUCGUUGGAUUCAUGGAUAAAGUGAGCACUAAUUUCGAGAUGGAUCAAAAAGGCAUGAAAGCACAAUUGUGCCAAUUGUACACGUUAUUGUGCACUACGGAACCGCAACUGGCAUACUACCUGAAUAGACACGAUUCCGGCAAUAUGUUCUUUUGCUUUCGAUGGUUGUUAGUAUUAUUCAAACGAGAAUUUAGUGCGAUCGACAUAUUGAAAUUAUGGGAGAUACUAUGGACCGAUCUACCCUGCAAAAAUUUUCAUUUGCUUGUAUGUGCAGCUAUUUUGGACACAGAGAAGAAUAUUUUAAUAGAGAACAAUUACGGAUUUACGGAAAUUUUAAAGCAUAUAAACGAUUUGUCACUUCAUAUCGAAUUACCUUGGACAAUUUCUAAGGCGGAAGGUAUUUACUAUCAGCUGAUGUCUGUGGAACAUCAGAUUCCCGAUGACGUGCGUGUAAUUAUCGGAUUAGAGCCAUUGCAUAAAUCAUCGUCGACGAAUGGCAGCGAUGAUGAGGCAUCUAGUAAUAAUGCCCGAGCUAAUGGGCCUCGUAAUAAUUCGAGAAGAAAUAGUUCGAGCAGCGCCAAUGUUAAAUUAGGAGAUGACGAAGUAUCGUUUGAACGCGGAUUGAACAUGUCGUAUAUGUGAGGGCAGGAUUGGACCUUUAUAAUCAUUAAUAGAAAACUGAAAGUCUACAUAACAGAGAAUAAGAUAUCUUUAUCUCUUCAAGAACGAAAGUCACAUAUUGUCUAAUAGUUUGAAAAUGUAGUUGAUCUUAUACUUUAAAGAUAUUAUUGACAAUAAUUUCCAAGAAUGGCUUUCAGUGAACAUCGAUAUUUCAAGGCAUAAACGAUAGGAAGCACGUUCCUAAACGUACAUCGAGCAGAUUUCUAUUAAUUGAGUAGUAGAUACAAUUAUUUUUCUUUUGCUUUAAACGUUGUGAUUGACUGAUUGUGAUCGAGAUUGAAAUUCUAAACCACAGAAUGCAGAAUGUUUCGAGAAGUAACUAAUGGUAGUGUUGAAUUUUUAAAUAUUUAUGACACUGCGUGUACAGAGAUGGGCAGGGAUGAAGAAAUUAUAGUCGCUAUGCAUGUAAAAAGGCGCGCGGAUAUUUUAAUGUGAAGAAGACCCCGUGACGAUUGUGAUGCAUGACUUCCAUGGAUUUUUGCAGAAACAGAAUAAAGAUAACAUCCCCAAACCUCGAUAUGUGUUAUAUAUGUGUAACUUAAGUUAGUCUCUUUUCUAGAUUUGUAUAAAGCUUCACGAUAUUACUGUACAUUUUUAAUAAAAAUCACCUAUUUAAUCUUUCAUAUA